AAUGCAGUUGUCCUAUUCUGGAAAAUCGACUAUAGACACAUUUCUAGAUAAUAUAAGGAAUAUUAAAAAUGGCGAACAAGCCAACUACUUUACUAUUAUCUUUAGGGAUCAUUACUUUAAUGAUAUAUUACCAAUUCUUAAGAAUGAAAAGAAUAAAUUAAGACAAUUUCUAACCGCAAUAAUUGAAAAUCCUUUCAAGGAUAUCUGCAAAGAAUUCUUUGAAGAUUGCGUAGAACGUUCGCAAAUGGUUAAUAUUCAAGGGGACGCUGAUCUAUUCUUGAUGUCAUUUAAUUUAAUGUACAUGUACCAAUGGGGUAAUAGCAGGGAAGCCAAAGAAGCAUUUGGAGCAAUUGGUACAGGAUAUUGUCAAUUAAUUAAAAAUAAUAUCGAAAUCCCAAAAAUAAAGACCUAUUUAAACGGCAUUGUGGAAAAGGCUUUUGAUUUUAAUAGCGUCGCUUAUCAAGAGGCUUGUUCUCAAUUUUUAUACGAAUUAGAUUGGAAGGAUGACUUUAGAACCUUUCAUAAUAUACUGAAAAAACUUCGAAGGAACGUUGAACGAAACGCGAAUCUUUUCUAUAGUCAAGAUUCAAUUGUUUGGAUGACUCAACUUCUCAUUGAAAAGAUGGAUGCUUGUAAUAGUAAAAGUGAAAGGUUUAAGGAAUUGACGGAUAGUUACGGUAAUUUAUUCAACGCUUGUUACGGUAAUAAUGUUACCAAUAAAUAG